ACCUCCCACUCCCACAAGCAAAUAAAUAAUUGUCGAGUAGUUUGGGCGAUCAACAGUAAACGGGUUGCGAAUUUCAGCAGGAUAAGAAAUAGAGCUAUCAGAAUAUAGGGUUUCCAUUCCCAAUUUUCUACAGGCAAAUAAAUGGAUAGCCAUGAAGAAUACAGUCCUUUAUCAUGUAUUAGCUUGGUGGAUGAUAUUUCUGACACCAACCAUUUCAUGAACCAGCAAAUAUUUCUAACUGAAGAAUCUGUUAAUAAAUUGUCACUCCAGAGCAAAGGGAAUGAAAGUGAUGAAAGAGUGUGCUUUCAGAGCCAACAAGAUAAGCCUGUAUCAUGCUCUUGUGAAAUGCCUCAGGAUGAAUCUAGGAGCCAAGAACUGGCCAACACUGAGGAAGUUGAGUCUCUGUCUGGAAAGGUGGGACACCCAACACAUGAGAAUGGUGUUUUACCAUGUUGCCAGUUGGCUAUGCCUGCAGAGAACAGUGAUAAACAAUGUGUCUCUUCCCAGCCUGAGAAGACCACCAAGAACAUGAGCACAAAAAUAGCUGACAUGGAAGACUGUGAAACCGAGUCACCUCAAUAUACAGAAGCUGAGAUUGACCGCAGGAGAGAGUUGAAUACAUCGUAUUCUAAGCAAGGAAAGUACUUCUAUUAUGACUCACCGCAUUAUGAAGAAACUGGAAUUUGGAUACCUGUCUCCAUUCCUCCUAUGUCAGAAAGUGACCAUGAAGAGUGGACCAGAGGUUUCUGCACUAAUGGCGGAUACAAUCCUGAAGGAGAUGCUAGUUGGGGUCAAUGCACUGCAGAAGAUAAAGAAAUGACUAUGUGGGAUGUGGUUGCGGAGAUGUUACUUGUGGCCCGAGGUAAGGUCGGUUCUUUUGCUUCAGGUGAUAUUGGGAAAAUUUCAUGGAUAUCUAACUGCGUAAUUGAGCAAGCAUGGAAAGAGAUGGCUCAAACUCUCACGGAGGCUAAUUUCAGUAAUGCCCAAGAACUUCUUGAAGCUGAACCACCCAAAUGGCUUCCCGAUAGUGCAGCUUCUUCCUGUAUGCUGUGUAGCGUGCGGUUUCACCCAAUAAUGUGCACUAGGCAUCAUUGUCGGUUUUGUGGAGGAGUCUUUUGCAGUGACUGUACCAAUGGAAGGAGCUUAUUGCCAGAAAAAUUUCGUGCUGGGAAUCCACAACGAGUGUGUGAUGUAUGUUGUGUGCGUCUUGAGGUUGUGCAGCCAUACUUAAUGAAUCAAGUGAGCCGUGCUGCCCAGUUGCCAACACAUGAUCUGACAGACCUAAGCACUUUAAGAUCGUGGAUAAAUUUUCCGUGGGGUCAGACAAUGGAACAUGAAAUUUACAAGGCCACAAACACAAUCUGCUGUUAUAGUAAGGUUGGUUCCUUGAGACCAGAGAGAAAAAUUCCAGAAGCUAUUUUACAAAAUGCAAAAGGCCUUGCGAUACUCACUGUUGCGAAAGUUGGAAUGAUGGUGACAUAUAAAAUUGGAACAGGUCUGGUAAUUGCGCGUAGGGAUGAUGGCACAUGGUCUGCACCAUCUGCCAUUACUUCCUUUGGUGUAGGCUGGGGCGCUCAGGCUGGGGGAGAGCUGACUGAUUUUAUAGUUGUAUUGAGAACGAGUGAUGCAGUAAAAACCUUCAGCAGUGAUACGCAUCUCUCGGUUGGAGCUGGUUUGAGCGCAGCUAUAGGGAUCAUUGGACGUACUGCAGAAGCUGAUAUGAGAGCCGGUUCUAAUGGCUACGCUGCUUGUUAUACGUAUAGCUGUAGUAAAGGUGCAUUUAUUGGAUGCUCUCUAGAAGGUAGUGUCGUCACAACUCGUAAAUGGGAAAAUUCCAGAUUCUAUGGUAGCGAGUCUAUAAAUGCAUCAGAUAUUCUUCUUGGUUCAUUGCCUCGACCACCUGCUGCAGCCAGUCUUUACCGUGCCCUCGGAGACUUGUAUCAGAAGCUUCAAGGGUGACAGCACAAUUGGGGGACAUCCGCCAUCGUACACGACGUGGAUCAGUUGUAUUGCAUAUACCUUGUUGCAGGAUUCUUUUGUUGUACAUGGCCAAAUGUUGUACAGAAUUGACAGGCAAAUUGCUUUGGAUAAAUGAAAUAUGUUGUAUAUUAGGAAUUGAUGAUGGGGGUAAAGUGUCCUCGUGAUCCAUCAGAUUCAAUAGAUUGCAAAUCAGUGAAAAUGUAAAUGUCAGAUUAAACAA